UUAUUUUUUUCAGCUAACGUGCAAAGUGGAAGUACCCCGUCAGGAGGGUAGAAUCAGAAAAAAACACGUGAUUGUUUUGGUUGUAUUUCAAUAGAUGGACCUCCAUUCUGAGAAAAUACAGCGGAUCUUCUCCAAGUACAAAUUCCACGAUGUUGCUGUUGAGGAGCUGCAGAAGAUUCAUCGAAUCUACCCUGAGAUGCUGCCAUCCACAGGCACUUACACAUUCAGUGACAGCACCCAAAAAGAUCUCCUGAAAUUAAUCGGCAACGUUCCUGUCAAGUAUGGUGGCCACUCCUACAACAUCCCUAUUCAGCUGUGGCUGAUGAACUCCUUCCCCUUCACUCCUCCCAUAUGCCUCCUUAGACCCACCUCUAACAUGGUCAUCAGAGAGGGCAAGCAUGUUGACAAAGAAGGGCGGCUCCACCUGCCGGGCCUGCACAACUGGGAUUAUCCCAAGUCCACUGUGGUGGCUCUUCUGACUGAGAUGAUUUCAAAGUUUGAGGAGGAUCCUCCCCUGUCCUCAAAGACAACAGCAGACAAUAAAGACCCCCAUGAGCUCCUGGCGUUUGUUUCUAAUCUCAAGAUCAAUGAUGGUGGGAGAAAACAUGAUCAACAGAAUAUCAAAGUCUCUGUUAUCGGGGGAGGAGAUUUAGGAAUGUCAUCAGUGAUGAGCAUUUUAUCAAAGUGUAAAGUGGACAAACUUGUUUUCAUUGACGUCGCUGAGAGUUCCACAAAGGGUGGCAGUACAGAUCUAGAGAUUUUCAGUCUGCCGAAGGUGGAGGUUUCCAAAGAUUUUUCAGCCUCAGCGGGCUCCAGGGUCAUUGUGGUGACCGCCAACUCAUGGAGCAGCGAGCAAUCGUAUGCGAGCGUGGUUCAGACCAAUGUGGACAUGUUCAGAGGGAUCAUCCCAAGUCUAGCACAGCUCAGCCCCAACGCAGUAAUGAUCAUCGCCUCACAACCAGUUGACAUCAUGACACAUGUUGCCUGGAGGCAGAGUUGCCUGCCUCCGACACAUGUGAUCGGAGCGGGGUGUAACCUGGAUUCAGUGCGUCUUAGUCACAUCCUGGAUAUUAACCUGAACACUCACAAACCUGCCUGGGUCAUAGGAGAACUUUCAGACAACAAAGUUGCAGUGAUGAGUAAGACUGGGCUGAGCUCCAAUGUGCCACCAGAGAUCGCAGCAGGAUCCAGCUCAACCAAACCAUUGUUAGACAGAGCGUUCGAGAUGAUGAAGAAUCAUGGUCAGCGGUCGUGGUCUGUCGGCCUGUCCAUUGCUGACAUCACUAACACUAUCCUGACAAAUAAAAUGAAGACACACUCUGUCUCCACGCUGGCUCAGGGCUGGGGUGGCAUAGGUGCAGAGGUGUUUCUCAGCUUGCCCUGCAUCAUGGGAACAAACGGUUCCACGCGCCUGGCCGGGGUGUCUCUGGGACAGGAGGAAGACUCCAAACUGAGGGAAAGUGUCACUUCGCUUUCUAACCUCAUGAGCCAGAUUAGGAUAUGAAGGAUGUGAUCCUAGUCUCAGUUUGGGAGAGAGCUAACCAGUUAGCCACUUACACAAAGGAUUUUGAGGUUAUUGACAAAACUGCUAAAAUAUGUAUGGGGUGUCGUAAUGUCUUUGUAUUUUACGGUGGGUUAAUAUCAAUGGACAAAUUUAGUAUUUAAAUUAAACACUCCAGAGGUUACUCAUUCUCCCAAAGUCCGCAAUAACAAGCUACAUGACUGCACUAUUACAUUUUAGGAAGGCAAUGAAUUUCUAUGUAAUUCAUUAUAAGAAUAGUAAUGCUUUUAUUUUUGUUGUCACGCAUUCCUUAAAUAAUUGCUUCGAAAAUCAGGGUGUCGGCAGAUAAAAUGUGAGGCAUGUUUAUUACAGUACAGUUCAUAUUUUAAUAUCCUUACUAUCUGUGUUAGUGCUGUUUCUGUAUUUAAUACAAUGAGCUCAAGUGAUGUUAUAUAUUUAAAUCUUUGUUCUGUUUCCUUUGUGUUAAACAUGUUGAAUCUAAAACAUGUACAGGAAGACUACUCAAUUUUGUGGGUGUGCAUUAAAUGUCUUAAACCAGA